UCUGGCACCUCUGCCUCGGUCUCACUGCUGCGCUCAGCGCUCCGGGGAAGCUUUGGGGAGAAGCAUGCUGUCAAGAUGGAAAUGGUGCCUGGCUCGGGACCUACUGCUGCUGUUUGUGCUGGUGAUUGAUGCCCAAGGUCCCUCAGCGCAUGAGAAGAAUGUGGUGUCAGGCAGCAACACGACUCUGCAAAUCUUCAAGCGACAGCUCACUGACUGUGCUCAUCUCACCUGGCUUUACACUACCAAACAGAAGAUUCUAGAAUGGGAUGGGGUGAAUACUAAAUACUUCAACUCUACAUUUAAGGACAGGGUCAUGCUUGAUUCUCAGACGCCGGCACUGCACAUCUAUAACGUCCGGAAAGAAGACAGCGGCCCAUACUACUUGCGGGUGUUGAGAAACAGGACGGAGGAACAGGAGAUGAUCACCCUGCAGGUGAUGGAUCCUGUACCCAAGCCUCUCAUAAAAAUCGAGAAGACAGAAAUGUGGGAUGACGCCUGUUUUCUGAAGUUAUCGUGUGUGAUAGAAAGCCAGACUGUCUACUACACUUGGUAUGGGGACUCGGGGCCCUUUCCCGAGGAGCUGGAGAGAGGUGUGCUUGAAGUCACCGUCAAUCCACAGAACCAAUCCAGGUUUUACACGUGCCAAGUCAGCAAUCUUGUUAGCAGCCGGAAUGACACCGUUUACUUCACCCCACCUUGUGCCCUGGCCAGAUCCUCUGGAGGUGCUUGGACUGCAGCCUGGCUAAUCAUCAUGACUUCCCUUAUUCUUGUCUGCCUGCUUACCUGAGAAGAGCUUUUCGGACUCAAGAACAAAACUUCCAGGCCAUCAGCUACAAUCCUCUGGACCGGGAAAGAAGCUGCGCUGCAGCGCAGAGCAGCGGGUGCUGUUGAGCCUCAGCGAGGCGUUCCGCGCUCUCGCAAUGCUGAGGUGCAGCCGGGGCCUUGUGUGCGCUAGGCAAAAUCCCUCCCAUGGAGCUGUGUUCUCAGCCCUUCGUGAAGAUUUUUCAAUACCUUUUUAUAAAUAUGGUUCAUAUUCCAUUUUGUAGACCCUAGUUGUUUUCUAAAACACAUUAAAGACUUCCACCAGAAAAUGUGA